AUGCCACCAAAAGAAAACAAAAAAAAUUCCAAGUCAGACAAGGAUCUUCAGGAUGAUGAACAACAGUUAAAUGAAGAUAUUGUAAAAAUGGGCAUACGCUUGUCUGCCCUAAAGGCAGAAUAUGCCGGACAGCUUGAGGAAAUAUUCGGUUUGAGGCGAGAGAAAAAAGAGCUGGAGUUCGUUUGUGCAAAAUUUGAAGAUGACCUUCGUCUUGCUACAUUGAAUAGAGUAGAUGUGCUAACCGAUUUUGUGCGUCAAUACAAAACAGAGGAAGAUGAAAAAAUACGCACCUGUACAGACCUGGAUGAAACCUUAAACCGUCUCGAGGAGGAAAAAAUUAGGCUUACUGAAAAGGCAAAAAAGGCAGAAACAGAACAUGAAGACGCUAUCAAUUCGAUGAAAACAGAGUAUGAUUCUUUAUUGGCUCGUAUAGAUGAAAUGGAAAGGGAAUUCAGCGUUCUCAUGGAAGAUACUCGAUCUAGGAUGCCCUAUGGACAGUCAGCACCUAUUUAG